CAUUUCCAUUCUUAAGACGUGCUUGUUAGAAAGCUAUAUUGGCUGCUAUUAACAAUCUGUUUCUUAUAAAAUGGCAAUCGGGAAUAUGACAGGACAUUUGUUACUUCGUUUAAUUUUUCAAGCAGACAGAAUGAUGAUUCCUGAAGGGAUUCCUCUGCUUCUGCUUGUUCUUCUUAUGGGCUCCUUCACCGGCUCAAACAAUGAACUAAUAAAAGUGCUUGAGAAAACAGAACAAAUUGAUGAAGGAUCAUGUGUGACCAUCCCCUGUUCUUACAAAAAAACAAAGGAUGGAAAAUAUACUCUGUUGUGGUUUAAAGAUCCAGAAUAUAAUAAAAUAUCACAAAUUUUUGACGGGACUAUUUUAUACAGUAACACAGAAGAACGUCCCCAGUCGCCAGGUUACUCCAGCAGAGUGAAAUACAUCACUGAUGAAACAUCACAAGAAAACCAAAACAUCUGGAUCAAAUGUGAUUUAAGAAUCACCGAUCUUCAAACAAAAGAUAGUGGGAACUACAAGUUUAGAUUUAUUAUUUCCAGCUACAUGAAAUAUAUGAGUGCAGCUAUGAAUCUCAAAGUUACAGACAAUCCUUGUAAGGUGCACAUUGAACCAUCAGAGCUGAAGAGUCCAGUCCGUGAGUCGGACAAAUUAACUGUUCGCUGUUCCACAUUUGGUUCCUGUGAUCUUCAUCCUGAGUGGCUCGUCCAUACAUCACGACAAAAGCAAAAAUGGACGUCCUCCUCGUCGACUGAUAUGAUUAUAGAGACUGAAGAAGAUAAAGAAGGCAGAAAGAUCACCAAAUUGAAGCUCAGUGUGACAUGGAAGGAUGACAGAAGGAUUCUGUCUUGUCGUCCAGCAAAGAGUGAGGACAGCUGCCAGAUCAGGAAUAUCACACUGUCUGUAGAAUAUGCACCUAAAGAGGUAAAAGCAACAGUGAGCUCUGAGGAUGUGAAGGAGGGAGAUUCUGUCACUCUCUCCUGCACCAGCAGAGGUCAGCCUGAUGUCAGCUUCUCAUGGUUCAAAAAAGAGAGAAUAGAAAAGUCUCAACAAAUGUCUGACUUGAAACUAAAUAAUGUGAAACCAGAAGACAGUGGAGAAUAUUACUGUGAAGCUGAAAACAAGCAUGGCGUGAAGAAAUCAAAUAUCAUUCAAAUUGAUGUGAAGUAUGGUCCAGAGGGUGUCAAAGUGCAACCUGUUAACAUUAAAGAUCUCAAAGAGGGAGAUGAACUGACACUCAAGUGUUUAGUCGAGAGAGGUAACCCAGCAGUCUAUCAGUUCAUGUGGUACAAAAAUUCCCAAAACCAGAGUGAAACCAGCGAGACAUUCAUCAUCAGUAAAGUUACUGAAGAGGACAGAGGAUCGUACCAAUGCCAGGCUGAUAACGGGAUCAGAACAGAAAUAUCAGAUAUCCUAGAAGUAUCUGUAAAGUAUGCACCCGAAAAUGUGACUGUAAGUGUUAAAGGAGAACAAAGAUUAGGGAGUGAGCUGACCCUUACAUGUGAGGCUCACGCCGAUCCUGCUCCAUCCUCAUAUGAGUGGAAGAAAGGCUUCAAUGGACAGUUAAAGACAAUUGAACAGAAACAUGAACAGAGACUACACUUUCUUUCUCUGGAAAUCUCUGACUCUGGUCAGUACGCCUGUAUUGCUCAAAACUCCAUUGGAAAAACAGAAUCUCCAUUAGUAGAGAUCAAGGUGAAACAUGUUCCAAUCAUAAAAAUUGCCCAUAACAUGACAACAUUAACUCAGUGGAAUUGGGAGUUUCCAGUCUCUCUGACCUGCAGUGCAGAUGCACAUCCUCCUGCCAAGGUCUACAACUGGUACAGAGAGGAGGACAACGUGACCGUACUGUCAGAACAUCAGAACUUCACUGUUCAGCCUCAGAACCCAGGAAUAUAUUACUGUACAGCAGCCAAUGCUAUCGGAGAAUCACGAUCCGAAAACAUCAUGUUAUUUAUUGGCAGUGAGUAUGAAAUAACACAUCUUAAAUAUAUAUGUUCCAAAUGACUCAAACUGGAAUCAAUUAUUAGCUGCAUUUAGCUAGAAAUUCUUCUAACAGACUUUAGACAUGACCCUUUUCUACAACUGCCUCUUUGGCGUAACCGUGAUAACCAAGCAAAUAUUUUUUUUAGUCAACUAAUAUUUUAAUGAUAUCUGUCAGGGUGUAGGAUAGUUUUCUGCAUAUCACUCCAUGGAACCUUUAUGAAAGCAUAAAAAUACCAUGGUAUGUUUAAAGAUUUUUAGGAAAUAUGCUAAGUUCACAUAGGCCUACUUGUUUCUUUGAAAAACAAUGCUACAGCCAGUUAUUCUACUUUGAAUCAUGUGAUCCUGCUUAUUUACAUUUACAGUAAAGACUCCAGGUCGCCAGUUGGUGUAAAACACCUUUUUCUAAUAUUUUUAAAUUGUACUGCAAUACCUACAUCAACCACUAGCCGUCAAUAUUUCUUACUGCACAUAAAGGUACAAUUAUACAUGAGCACAUUGUAAAUGCAUGAUUAAAGUAAAAUGCUUCCACACUUUGUAUUUUUUUUAAGUGGUUAACUGGGUAAAUGUAUGAAUUAUGAAAUAAAAACAAUGUUUUGAUCUAUUGAACACAAAGUCCAUAUAAUAUAAGUCUGUAUAAUGUUGUUUCAAAGGGAAAAUAUUAUAUAAAUAAUGAUUCUAUAAGUGUGCCUUCUACUCAUUCACUUUUUAUUUUUACAGUGAGUUGCUGUUGCAUUAAUAUAUAUAGUACUAUUGAUUAAAAAUUUAUUAAUUUUGUAAAAAACUAUUUCGUUAUGUAUCAAUGAACCAUAUAUUUGUGUGAUCAAUUCUUGAGUAGAUAAUUGAAAAAAAAAUGUUGUCUGAAAAUGUAGUUUAACUACAUUGUGUGAAAUGCAAAAACAUUGCUAUGCAUUUUUUGUUUGUUUGUUUUUGUUUGUUUGUUUCAUUAAACAUUUGUAUUUGGGACUGCUUAACUGCCAAUCUGAUAACAUUUAAAUGCUU